UUUUCCUCCUUACUUCCUGUCUUUGUCAACAUUUUUUAAAUCUCCCUAUGUGCGAUAAUGCACAAAAAGCCCACUAAAGUGUAUGCAAAUAUGCAGACAGACAGAGAGCAGUAAUGAAUGAGUGGAUGCUCUUCAGCUAAAUUCUCUUCACCCAGCAACUGACCCACACACACACUCACACACCUAAUAUCGCUCUCACUCUUUGCUGUGUUCAGUAUUUCCUCCUCUGUACUUUCUAAUUCAUUCAUCUUUCUUUCAUCCCUCCAUCACAUGUGUCUGGGGGGGGGCUUUUGAGUAUUUGUGGUGGUGAUUGGCGAGGUGGCGUUUCACCGUCACUCUGUCAACUUCCUGUCUGAGGGAUUAAUCGUCACAAUGCAGAAGAAAAAGAGACGCCAAAAACCUUCUGUAGGUCUUUUGUGAUUCGGACACAACUGCUCAGCCUUUCUGUGCCCUUUGAUGUGCAUCCCACGCUUUUUUGUGCAUCAACCCUUUCUUCCAAGUUCAGACUGACCCCCAGGCCUACAUGAGUUUGCCAUGUCGUUUCUAGUGUUUGAAUGUUGUAUUUGCUAGCUUUGUGUGUCUGUGAGUGUGUCUGUGUGCAGCCAGUGCGGCUCCAGGCCCUCCUGCGUCAGAGGGCCUUUCUUGUUUCUGUGGCCCCCGAGCAAACAUAUUAAGAACUACCUUAUCACUGCUUAUACAGCCGGGGCCACACACACAACACGUCCACGUUAAAUACAAGCCUAAACACACACACAACACAUUCACUAAAAGAUAGCUUUGACUCCAAACACACAAAGAUCGCCGCCAAACUCCCUAAAUGUCACCGAUCCAUCAUGGAGGAAGAGGCAGGGCCAGAGAACCUAGCUGGCCAGUCAUUGGUUGACGCCACGCUGUCAGGCUGGAGCAACUUGGGUUUAUAACCGACCGGGUUGGGCAAGUGCGUUAGAAAAAGGAACGUGUAGAACUACACUUUUGACAAGCCCUCUUCAAGAGGCGCAUCAAUGGAAGUCACUGGGAAGACAAACUUUUUAUCACAGAUGCUGAUUUAGCUGUAUAUUUGAGAAGAAGUGAAGUUUGAGUAGACGAACACCAACAUCUGGUUGAAGAAGGUAGAAGAACGCUAAGAAACUUCCCAACCUAUCAUAACUGAAGGACACUGAGAACUUUGGAAUCAACAAAACUAAAGGAACAGCAACUUUAAAGAUUCAGAAGAGGUUUCUGGAAGAAGACUGACUUUACUAUUCUCCAGACUGAUGUUUGCCUCAUCUGAAACAUCUACAACAAGAGGAUGAGUGAAUCAUAAGACGAUACAAUUUUCGCAGAGAACCUGAUUGCAGAAAAAGUCUCUUUGGAAGGAGAGUCAACUCACUGUUUUUGAUAGACGAUUUGCACUUUUCAGCUUGCUUUUCUGCAAAAUCCUGCAUAGUAAUGUCCACCAUGCUUUUUAACGUAGCACUCAUGUCCAUGAUGAAGGUAGUCCUCAUGAUACUGAUAAUUCUGAUGACGGGGAUGGAGACGGCACCCACUGAAAGAGGUUUUGCAAAGCUGCCACAUCCUCCUCCCAGCCUCACUCAAGCAUCAACCUUACCAGACAAGCCUUCAGGACUUAAUCCAAGCCAGUACCUGAAACACUGGUUCCUGAGUACCAAAUCAGGGACACCAAAACUUGCUGAUGGAACCACAGCAGGGACGAUCACUGCAGCCAUCAAGGCUGGACGACUGAAGACGAAUCCUGGGACGGUUGGUCUAGAUAAACGAGCCCAGAUGCUAAAGAUGAUAUCAGCGCUGGAGGAGCUGCACAAGACUUUUAACAGCACGCUGAGCUCACGGAUCACCAUCAUUCCACGAGCACAUGGAAGAAAUUCAGGGAAAAAAAAUAAAUCGUCCCCUGCUGCUGCAGGAGGAAAGCAAACCACUGCCACUCCUGCAGUUAACAGCGCUGCAUCCAAAACAAGCGCAGACGUCAUCAUCCCUAGCCUGACUGGUCGAAACUUCAGGAAGUCCCUCCCACCGCAGACGAAGAGGACCAACAAAAGAGUGUGUUUCUGGAAGUACUGCUCCCAGAACUGAUCGCCCUUCAAGUGCCAGUCUCCCUUUUCACUCCCCCACCUUUCCCUUCUCAUCAGUCCAUCCUUCUCCAUCCAUCUCAUCAACCUUUCCAUGCACUGUUCUGUGAUACGGUAAGAAGUGCACAACUGUUAAUGAAAAAAAAUCUGUUUUAUUCCAGCCCUGAAAAAUGCUGAAUCACAAGCUUUUGUUUUGAAAUUGUGUGGAAAAAUCCAUUUGACAGGUAAAUCUAUUUUACCAGAAAAUAAAUGUAACUACAGAUUGACUUUGCAAACAGGGAUGGUAGCAUUUUAUUUGAAUUAUGCCAUGCGGUUUCACAUACUAUGACAUGAUGCUAAUUCUUUAUCAUUUGGGUAUAAAGUUAAAAGAACAGUUAGGUCUUUGCGAGUCAAGCACGACACAGGGUUCAAAAUUUCUUUAUUUGCAAGAAUGCAAGAAGUAAGAACAGGAAAAAGAUUACACCAUUAAAAACAGAUGGAAAUGGACUAAUAAUAAUUACAAUACACCUGAAGUAUCAGAAAAGCUGAAAAUACCUUGCACUUUGUUUCCAUCCAUCCAUCCAUCCAUCCAUUCAUCCAUCCAUCCAUCCAUCCAUCCAUCCAUCCAUCCAUCCCUCUCUCUUCCUCUUCUUGGCUCUUCUCUGACCCCUGAGUGCUAGGAGACUGUUGCCGUGGCAUCCGGAAGCCCCAACACCGGCGCCAGCCUCGACUCGGACCUUUUCAUCCACUCAUUAAUUAACAAGACUGACCAAUCAAAGGCGACGAUGUGUGCUUGUGGCCGGGCGCAUGAGCAAACACCCUGUUAACCCUUUCUUAACCUUAGAAGACAAACACACGUCACUUUUGUUUGUGUGUGCCGACUUUAAAAUAAAGUUCAUUUCCAGCAUUGCAAAAACCUACUGUGACAAUAAAGAUUGAUAUUUUAUUUUUUUUACAGAUACACUCUCUUUAAUUGUUGAUUAUGAACAUAGCAUCACACUUCUUAUAAAUUAUGCCACAAGGAGGAGACUGCUUAAUUUCUGCAGGAAAAAGUGAGUCAAACGGAAGUUCUAAACUUAAAUUCUGUAUUUGAGUCAUGAAGUACAAACAGGAAGUAUAAACACUCCUCUUACUUCUUACAACACCUGAAGAAAAAAAGGAUUUGAUCAGCUGGGUUUCAUAGAAGUUAAGGAAAUGAGUGGGAUGUCCUCCUAUAUAGAAAGAAAAAAAUUUUGUUGGAAGGUCAGAGUGCAAAAUAAAAGGUUUCUGUCUAAUUGUUUUCAUAUGAAAUUAAUGGUUCAAUCCAUCAAUGCUUUUAUCAGGCUGUAAGAUUUUUCUUUUGAUUCACAGAUAUGUUUUUUUUUAAUUGCUAAAUUAAAAAUUUGGUUCUUUUUACAAUGCAACGAUACAAAAACGAUGUAGCUAAAAAGAUACUGCUGUUGUGCAAGCACAUGAAUACAUUCCCCCCCAAAAAAUAUUUUUCCAUGUAUUUCCAUCAAAGUGCAUGUAAAAUUUUUGUUUGCAAAUCUAUUUUUUAAGAAUAUUUUGUUAAUAAGUUAAACGUUUUUUUGUGAAUUUUCAAAAGAAAAAAAAAAUUUUUUAAUGUGUUUUGUGUAAAAUUAUUUCCCUGGAAUGUGUAGUUUUAGGUUUUGUUCAUAUGAUUUGCACUUUAGUUUUUCUUUUUACACUUCGGGCCCACCAAAUUAGUUUGAAAAAGACUGAUUUUAAUUUCUUACGGUGUGACUUUAGUGAAAUAGUAUAAGUGACUUUCACUUUUUGAAAAUAAUUUAAGAAAUUAUUAUUCCUAUAUUUUCACACAUUUUUAAACAUUACAUAUUAAAUUUUCAUGUGAAUUAUCAAGAUUUUAAUAUACAUCAAAAUCAGUUCCUCCUUUGAAAAAGCUAAAUAUUCAAUUUUAGCUCUUACGGUCUGUCAGUGAUGAAGGAUUAGGCUUUUAUAAUGAACACUGAGUAAUUAAUUUGUCUCCUUAGCUGUCUAUAAAUUAUGUCACUAUUAG